AUGGUUGUAGAGACUGCAUACUACGACGCCCUGGGCGUCACGCCCACCGCGACCGAACUCGAAAUCAAGAAGGCCUACCGCAAACUUGCGAUCAAGCUGCAUCCCGACAAGAACCCCGGCGAUGAGACCGCCCACGCCAAGUUCCAGGAGAUCGGCGAGGCGUACCAGGUGCUCAGUGACAACCAACUGCGCGCGAACUACGAUAAAUAUGGCAAGGAGGGCGCUGUGCCGCAGAGCGGGUUUGAGGACCCGUCCGAGUUCUUCACCAUGAUCUUCGGCGGCGAGGCCUUCUUGGACUGGAUCGGCGAGAUCUCGCUCAUGAAGGACCUCACCAAGACCAUGGAGAUCUCCAUGCGCGAAAUGGAGGAGCAGGAGGCCGCCGAGGCCGAGGCUGCGCGAGCUGAGGCCGCCGCCGGUGGCUCUGCGUCUACACCUGCAACCGGCACUGCGGCUGACGCAGCGACUGACGCAAAGACUGGCGCCACGCCUCCAGCCGGCGCCGCCGAGCCCAGUGCUGGCGCCAAAGCAAAGGAGGCAGAGGCUGCCGCAGAGCGCGCUGCAGCCCAGCACGGCGGCGAUGCCCCUCCAGCGUAUGCUGCACCACCGCCAGCGUACGCCGAACCCGCCACCGAGGCUUCCGCCGCGGUCCCGCCUGCCGCCGCCACAGGCUCUUCUUCUGGUACAAGCACGCCCAAGCCGCGGGGUAUCCCGACUCGAAUGGCUAUCAUGGACAAGACCGAGGAGGAUGCACGCAUGGAGGCAGCAAACAUGACUGAGGCCGAGAAGGAGCUGCGGAACAAGGAGAAGGCCAAGAAGGGCGGUCUCACAAAAGAGCAGCGCGAAGAGCUUGCAGCGUACGAGCUGGAGCGCAAGAAGAUCCGCGAUGAGCGCGUGACCAAUCUUGCGAAGAAGCUUGUUGAGCGCAUCUCAUUAUGGACAGAGACAGACAAGAGGGACGACGUCACCAAGGCGUUCAAGGACAAGAUUGCCCUCGAGAUUGAGAACUUGAAGAUGGAGUCAUUUGGCCUUGAGAUCUUGCACGCUAUCGGCCAAACGUAUCUCAUGAAAGCAUCAUCGUUCUUGAAGUCGCAGAAGUUCCUCGGCAUCUCCGGCUUCUUCUCCCGCAUCAAGGACAAGGGCACACUCGUCAAGGACACUUGGUCAACGAUGAGCGCCGCCAUUGACGCCCAGCUCACCAUGGAGGAAAUGGCCAAACUAGAAGAGCAGGGCGGUGAGGCCUGGACGGAUGAGAAGAAGGCUGAGUACGAGAAGAGAGUCACCGGCAAGAUCCUCGCCGCCGCAUGGCGCGGAAGCAAGUUUGAAGUCCAGAGCGUGCUGCGCGACGUGUGCGACCAGGUCCUCAACGACAAGAAAGUUAAGCUGGAGAAGCGUAUCGAGCGUGCACACGCCCUGGUCAUCAUCGGCGAGAUGUGCCAAAAGGCCGAGCGCAGCCCCGAGGAGGAGGGCGACUUUAUGGCCUUUGAGCAGCUCAUGGCCGAGGCGGCAGCCAAGAAGGACAGCAAGCAGGAUAAAAAGGAGAAGCACAAGCACCACGAGAAGAAGGAGAAGGAGAAAGAGAAGGCAUAG